UUCUCACCAACUCCGGCUUCAUGUUGCUCCAAACAGCCAGUGCUUGUUAGUAAACACAUAGUUUGUCAAAAAGGUGCUGCACACGAAGUGAAGAUACUUACAGAAUAGUGUACUUCUGAAUGUAACAGACUAUCGUAGCAAGUCCCUCCCCCCUCUCUGUGUUCUCGGUCGCUCGUGUUAUUUUCAUAGGGGUCAGUAGUUUAGACAUAACUGUGGUCAGUCAACCUCUAUAACUGCACUGCAAGGUCGUCCCAUGUCUUGACAGAUCAGGGCUGACUGAACUGUAUAGCUCUCUACCAUAGGAUGCACUAUGUGGCGAGUGGCUCCAUGUCCUUGGGUUCCCUGGGCCUGCUCCGUCUGUUUGGGGCAUCCUGGUCCUGGAGCCUCGCAGCAGGUUUGGGUGUUUACUUAGGAACAGGAGGCUGGCGGUACCUGUAUGUGGUGGUUCGUACGGCUAAAAGGGACAUCAACGGUCUUUACGUGCUGCUGAGGGUUAAACUGGCACUAUGGCAUCAUAUUCGAAACCGAAACACCAUACCCUCCAUCUUUGCACAAACCGUGGUUCGGCACCCAGACAAGCCUGCGCUUGUGUAUGAAGCCACUGGGGAAACGUGGACUUUCUCCCAGUUAGAUCAGAUCUCCAAUGCUGUGGCCCACUGGGCCCUGAGCCAGGGCUGGACCGCAGGAGAUGUGGUGGCGCUAUUCAUGGAGAGCCGGCCGCUCCAAGUGGCGCUCUGGCUGGGCCUGGCCAAAGUAGGCGUAGAAGCCGCGCUCAUCAACUUUAACCUCCGACGGGAUUCGCUCCUGCACUGCAUGGGGGUGUCAGCAUCCCGAGCGCUGGUUUUCGGAGCAGAGCUAGUAGACGCUGUGUCUGAAGUGAGCUCCUCUUUGAGUGAGAGCAUGGUGUGGUUCAGCACGGGAGACCUCAGACCAGACCAGAUGGCCACUCUGAAAUGUCACCCCCUUGACUCCAUUCUGGCAUCUGCCCCUCGAAACCCACCACCCUGUGCCGUGUCCAAGGGCUUCAACGAUCGUUUGUUCUAUAUCUACACUUCUGGCACCACAGGACUCCCUAAAGCUGCCAUAGUGGUGCACAGUCGAUAUUACAGGAUUGCUGCUUUUGGGUACCAUUCUUUUCGAAUGCGGCCAGAUGACAUCAUCUAUGACUGUUUACCCCUCUACCAUUCAGCAGGUAAUAUUAUGGGGGUGGGCCAGUGUCUGAUUCACGGUAUAACUGUGGUGGUCAAGAAGAAGUUCUCUGCAAGUCGCUUCUGGGAAGAUUGCAUCAAACAUAACUGCACUGUUGUGCAGUACAUAGGCGAGAUUUGCCGUUACUUGCUGUCUCAGCCUGUGCGCCCCUCUGAGCGACAGCACCGUGUGCGUUUAGCCGUGGGAAAUGGGCUGCGGCCGAGUGUGUGGGAGGCUUUUAUGGAGCGUUUCGGAGUAAAACAGAUCGGCGAGUUCUAUGGAGCCACCGAGUGCAACUGCAGCAUUGCCAAUAUGGAUGGCAAGGUUGGAGCUUGUGGUUUUAACAGUCGCAUUCUGCCAAAUGUGUACCCCAUCCGACUGCUGAAAGUGAAUGAGGAAACCAUGGAACUGGUUCGGGACAAGCAGGGACUGUGUGUGACUUGCCGACCUGGAGAGCCUGGGCUGUUGGUGGGGAGAAUUAAUCAGGAGGAUCCUCUGCGUCGGUUUGAUGGGUACGCUAGUCAGGAUGCCACCAGGAAGAAGAUCGCCUACAAUGUAUUCAAGAAAAACGACUCUGCAUAUCUGUCAGGUGAUGUUUUAGUUAUGGACGAGCUUGGAUACAUGUACUUCCGGGACCGGAGUGGUGACACGUUUCGUUGGAAAGGUGAGAACGUGUCCACUACUGAAGUGGAGGGAACACUGAGCAGCCUGUUGGGACAAACUGAUGUAGCAGUGUUUGGAGUAAAUGUACCAGGUGUGGAGGGAAAGGCUGGAAUGGCUGCCAUUGCUGACUCAACAGGAAACUUCAACUGUAAUUCUUUCCUGAAAGAGGUUCAGCAAGCUCUUCCUCCUUAUGCACGGCCAAUAUUUCUACGCAUCUCCCCAUGUGUAGAUACCACAGGAACAUUUAAAAUUCAAAAGACCAGAUUGCAAAGGGAAGGAUACGAUCCACGGCUCACAACUGACCAGAUCUACUUUCUGAACUCCAGAGCAGGCCGUUACGAGCUUGUGACCGAGGAGCUGUACAAUGCUUUUGAAGAAGGCAGGAUAUCCCUUUGAGACAAAUAAGAGAAGGUAGUCUGAACCUACCUGGUCUUCUAACCUGUGACCGCACCCAGUGUUACCACGAUGCAACAGAACCCACUCAGAUUUGUUCUGCUAGUAUUUAGACAGUUUUUACAUUUACAUGCUUUUGAAUGGGUUUCUUCAAUUUGGUAGCAAGCUGUCUUCACAAUGACAAGCGGAAUAUAUGAUAUGCAAUAGAUGAGACCGUGAGAGAGAAUUAUUUUAAUUUGUUAUUCUGAUUUGAUGGUAGCGUACAGGUGACAAAAUGCAAUAUGUGCACUCCCAAUUUAACCAGUUCAAAAAAACACAA